AUGUCUACCUCUCACAAAAAGUAUGAUGUAUUCAUUAGCUUUAGGGGAGAGGACACACGGACAAACUUCACUGCGCAGCUUCAUCAAGCUCUUACCAAUAGGAACAUCGAAGCAUACAUUGAUUAUAAUCUUAUAAAGGGACAUGAGGUUGGACCCGCUCUUGCCAAAGCAAUCCAGGACUCACAUCUGUCUAUUGUAGUUUUCUCAGAAAACUAUGCAACCUCAAAGUGGUGCUUGGAUGAACUCCUCCACAUACUUCAGUGCAGAGAACUUCAUGGACAGGUAGUUAUACCCGUGUUCUGUGACGUAGAUCCAUCACAUGUACGUUAUCAGAAAGAGAGUUAUCAGAUAGCAUUCUCAAAAUAUCAUAGAGAAUUCGCCAAGAACAAGAAAUCCCAUCUAAACAAAUUGUCUCAGUGGAAAGCUGCUCUCACUUUAGCCGCCAAUAUAUCUGGAUGGGACUCUCGUAAAUAUAGGGAUUAUUCUCAAGUCAUAGACAAUGUUGUGGAGGAUGUUUUACAGAAGUUGUCCCACAUGUAUCCUAAUGAACUGAAAAACCUUGUUAAAGUUGAUGGAAAGGAUGAACAUAUUAAAUUUUUACUGAAAACAACACCAAGAAUCGGAAUUUGGGGCAUGGGUGGAAUAGGAAAGACAACCAUAGCGAUACAGAUGUUUGCCAAUAACUUUGCCCAUUAUGAUAAUGUAUGUUUCUUGGAAAAUGUAAGCGAAGAAUCAGAAAAGUUUGGACAAACGUAUGUUCGUAAUAAACUUCUUAGUAAGCUACUGAAGCGAGAGAUUACUGCAUCCGAUGUUCAUGGACAACAUACAUUCAUCAAGAGGAGGCUCAGUGGUAAUAAAAGUUUCAUUGUACUUGAUGAUGUCGAUAAUGCUACACAACUAGAUGAUUUGUGUGGAGUACUUGAUGACCUUGGACCUGACAGUAGACUCAUUAUCACAACGAGAGACAGACAUAUGCUUAGUGGAAGAGUUGACAAGAUAUAUGAGGUCACACCAUGGAAGCUUAAAGACUCUCUAAAGCUUUUUUGCUUAGGAGCCUUCAAGCAAAGCCAUCCUAGAGAGGGUUACGAGCAUAUCUUGGAAAGGGCGGUUCAAUAUGCAGGAGGUGCUCCGUUAGCUUUAAAAGUUUUGGGUUUACAUUUUAAUUCCAAAAAACCAAAAUUUUGGGAAUCUGAGUUGAAUGAUUACGAGAUCAAAGGAGAAGCGUUCCCCGAUAUUCAAAAAGUGCUAAAGCUAAGCUACAACGGAUUAUCAUGGCGAGAGAAGGAGAUGUUUCUAGACAUUGCAUUCUUUUUCAAAGAUGAAGAUAAAGACUUCGUCACAAGGAUACUAAAUGCCUUUGGUUUCAAUGCAACUAGUGGAGUAGAAAUCCUAGAAGAUAAAGCUCUUAUAUCCAUUUCAAACAGCAAUAAGAUACAGAUUCAUGGCUUACUACAAAAGAUGGCCUUUGAUAUAGUUCGACAAGAACAUAAUAAAGACCCGGGAAAGCGCAGCCGACUGAGGGAUGCUAAAGAUAUUUGUGAUGUACUUGGAAGAAACAAGGGGAGUGAGGCAGUUGAAGGAAUAAUAUUUGAUUUGUCUCAAACACUAGAUUUAAAUGUUCAAGCUGACACAUUCAACUUGAUGACUAAAUUAAGAUUUCUUAAAUUCCACGUCCCCUCAGGUAAAAAGAAAUUGGGCACCGUGCAUCUUCCUAAAAAUAUUAUGCCGUUUUUUGACAAAUUGACAUACCUUGAGUGGAACGGGUAUCCCUUGAAGUCUCUCCCACAACCUUUUCGUGCUGAGCAGUUGAUUCAGAUUUGUUUGCCGAACAGCAACAUCGAACAUCUUUGGUUUGGGAUGCAGGAACUUGUGAAUUUAGAGGCAGUUGAUCUAAGUGAGUGCAAAUGGUUGAUUGACCUCCCUGAUUUGUCGAGGGCAUUAAAAUUAAAACAGUUGCGCCUUUCUGGCUGUGAAAAUUUAUGUGAAGUUCAGGCUUCUGCUUUUUCAAAGGACACACUUGAUACUUUGCUACUUGAUGGGUGCACAAAACUGCCAAGUCUUAUGGAUUCAAUAAGAAGGUUGGAUUUAAGCAAUACAGGAGUCGAAAUAUUGCACCCAACAAUCGGUGGUAUGAACAAGCUUUAUUCGUUGAAUCUAGAAGGUUUAAAUCUAACAAAUCUACCAAUUGAAUUGUCUCGCUUGAGAUCACUUACUGAACUUCGCGUUUCUAAGUGUAGUGUAGUAACAAAAUCAAAGUUAAAAGCCCUUUUUGAUGGUUUGGGCUCAUUAAGAUUAUUACACUUGAAAGACUGUUGUAACUUGUUUGAAAUCCCUGCAAACAUUAGUUCCUUGUCAUCAUUGCAUGAAUUGAAACUAGAUGGUAGCAGUGUGGAGGGGUUGCCCCCUAGCAUCAUGUACCUCUCAAAGCUAGAAGUUCAGUCUUUAGACAAUUGCAGUAAGCUUCGUUGUCUGCCAGAACUUCCUUCAAGCCUCAAAGAGUUUCAAGCCGACAACUGCACCUUGUUAAUGACAGUAUCCACUUUGAAGACUUUUUCAAUAAACAUGAUUGGACAGAAAAAAUACAUUUCGUUUCAGAAUAGUAUUAAGAUGGAAUUGGAUGGACCCUCCCUUGCCCGCAUUACGGAAGAUGCCAUGUUCACUAUGAAAAGUGCUGCCUUUCACAAUGUAUUAGUGAGAAAGUACAGAUACCAAACCCACAGCUACAAUUAUAACAGUGCCGGGGUUUGUCUGCCAGGGCACAGAGUUCCAAGUCAGUUCAAACACCGAUCAACCAAAUAUUCCUCCGUAACUAUCAACAUUUCCAACUCGGUGGGCUUCAUUUUAGCAGUUGUUGUUACUCCAUCUAACAUAACACAAGAGCGUGAAUACUUUGUUGGAAUCCUAUGUCAAUGCUAUUUGGAAGAUGGAAAGAGGGAGGUGGGAUAUAAGUCUAGCUGGAAUCAUAAACCGGUUUCAAAUUUGAACAUGGAUCACGUUUUUGUAUGGUAUGAUCCAUACCAUUCUGACAGCAUACUCAGAAGGGAUGAACAAAAGGUUUCUUUUAAAUUCCGCAUUACAACUUGUACAAGUAGCGGCAGAGAACUUGGUGGCCUUUUAAGUAUCAAAGAGUGUGGGGUUUGUCCAAUUUACUACUCAGAAAGUAGGAGGGUUUUAGGCACAGGGAAUUUAGACAAGGGUUUAGAAUUAGAGUUGUAUCAGGAAAUUGAGUUUGAGAGAUCAGUUGAAGGCUAUGAUGAGGGAGAAGGCAUUGACAUUGAAUCAAAUGAAAUAGAUGAAGACAAGGAAGGCACUGGCAAACAGAACCAAGAGUUUGACUUGAAUGAAAAUGGUUACCAUUCAUAUGACUAUUUAGUUGAUACUCAAUUUUUUCUGUCAAACUCACCAUUUCUUUAUGACAAUCCUCAAGAGAAAGUAAAUUUGGAAGAUGAUGAUAAUUCCAAAGAAAUGAUGAAAUAUGAGAUUCUUCAUAAUAGUACUUCUUUGAAGUCUGGAGAGGAAACUGAAACUUCUUCCAACAAACAAAAACAAUUCGAGAAGGAGCAAGAUUCUACCGAAGGAAGUUCUGAUAUUGAAUUGUCUAUCAUUAAAGUAAUUAAGAGAGACAAAUCUUCUUCUGAUGAUGAAUCACACCCUUCUAUAUCUCCACCAAGAUUAAUUUUAACAAACAAGUUGAAGACAGAUGAGGCAAAUAAGAAUCUGCAACAAUCACCACCAUCAUUAGUGAAGAAUCUAUAUAUUCCAACUGAUUCUUUUACUAAUUUGUUACAACUAGAAGAUCCUCCCAACAAAUUAAAUCCAAACUCCUCAAUGGCUGCUGAGAGUUCUUCAAGUAAGCCUUCUUCUUCAAAGGGUCAAGUAAGAACAAUUGAAGAGGACUCUUCAAAAUUAAAGAAAUGCAGUACUUUGGAAUGUUCUCCUGUCGAUUAUUCUGAAUAUAAGAGAGUCCUUGAAGAAGACCCUCUAGCAAUCUUGGAGAAACUCUUAUCGGAUGAACUUGGUCUUUCUUCACAGGCUUCUCACUCUACAACACAAGCAGAAGCUACUGAAACUGGUAAAGAGUCAAUUGAGAUGCUGCUUGAUGAAUUAAGGCAAUUGGCUUUUUCGAGGAACUUGUUGAAGAAUUUAUCCAAUGAUGCGACCCUUGAAGAAGAGGUGAAAGCUUUAUUAGUUAAACUCAAUGAUAGAGCUAAUGAGCUUUCUGAGAAACAAAGUUCUGGUAUUACUGAUUUCACAACAAUCUUUAACGAGGCCACAGUCAAUAUUGAUGAAGGAAAACGGAGCUAUGUUACUCUUCAACAACUUAAUGUGGACCAUAAAGAUUUAAUAUCAAAGCUUCAAGCAUCUAAAAUCAAGAUAAGGAAGUUUGAAGAGUCCAUCAUUGCUGGUGAGGAUAAGAUUAAGGCCAUGGAUAUUGAAAUUGAAGAUAUUAAAGCGCAGAUUUUUUUGCUCGAGGAAAAAGCGCGCAAGGUUCAACAAGAGAAGUCACAGUUAGAGGAUGCCUGCUGGAAAUGUAAAGAGAAGAGAAGUGAAAUUUUGGAGGAAGCUAAAUAUGUAGCAUCUAAGACCAUACAAACCCGCGAGAAGAUUGAUUCUGUCAAUAAAAAGAAGCUGGAGUUGGAUUCAAAAUAUGAUAUGCUUGAAGGACAUUAUGCCAUAAUGAGACAUUCGCCUCCUUUUUAG